AUGGUGAAGGUGAUGUGGGUUUCCGUGAUAGCUUUUGCGGCGGCGAUUCUCCUAGUGACGGUGGCCAAAAUCCCGGUGGCGGAAGGAGUGAAUUGCUCGCCGACAGAGCUGACUCCAUGUGCGGGGGCGAUGAUGUCAUCUUCACCGCCGUCAGCUACCUGCUGCGCGAAGCUGAGAGAGCAGACGCCAUGUUUUUGUGGGUACAUGAGGAACCCUAGCCUCCGACCGUACGUUAGCUCCCCAAACGCGAAGAAAGUCGCCACCAGUUGCAAGAUUGCUUCCCCAAGCUGUUAA